UAACUAUUAUAUGCCUACUGUGACAAGAUACAAUAUGGGAGUGACAGAUAUGAGGUAAGGAAAAUGAAACUUAAGGAAAGGAAAACUCACCCAUUGUAAUAAUACUAGCCUCACUCAGUCACUCCCAUGACUGCUGAAACUCUUCACUAAGAAAUACAUCACAUCCCAGACAGAGCACACCAUGGGCGUCCAGGGAUUGACCAGCUUUAUGGAGGAGAAUGGAAACAUUUUAAAAGAUGUUCACCUCAGAAACAGCAAGUUGAUCAUCGAUGGCAGUAAUCUGUUCAACUUGCUUUAUUUUAACUCACGUUUGGAUCAGAGUCAUGGAGGGGAUUAUGAUGCUUUUGAGGACCAGGUCUGCAAGUUCUUUAAGGCUCUGAGAGACUGCGACAUUGACCCCUUUGUGAUUGUAGAUGGGGGCUCCGACUACACCGACAAAAAGUUUGAAACUCUCAAAGAACGAGCUCAAUCAAGGAUCAACACUGCCAAUGACUUGUCCAUGGGGCUUCAGGGGAGCGGUGGUAUAUUACCAACCCUCAUCAAAUAUGUCUUCAAACAGGUCCUCAUCAGCCUGAAUGUGCCGUACGCACAGUGCAUUUGUGAGGCAGACCAAGAAAUAGCCUCCCUGGCUCGAAGUUGGAACUGUCCAGUGCUGUCCAAUGACAGUGACUUUUAUAUCUUUGACAUCCAGGCAGGAUUUCUGCCUAUCUCCCAUUUUCACUGGCAGAGAGUGUCUAUGCAACGCGGGAGCUCUAUAAGAUACAUUCCCUGCAAGCAGUACACCACAACAAGCUUCUGCAGACACUUCAACAUCAACAGAAAAGUUCUCCCGGUCUUUGCCUCUGUGGCAGGAAAUGACUACAUCAAGUUGCGUAACAUGGGUGUUUCCCUCAGGUGGGAAGAAUACUCGUCAAUGAAAGGAAGGUUUGCCCGCUUCGACGGCUUGCUGAAUUGGCUGGCCCACUUCCAUGGGCAGGAGGAGGCCUUGGACUCCGUGCUCAGGCUCAUCAGUCAUAGUAACAACAGACAGAAAACAGGUGCUGUCCUCCAUGGCCUCUCCCUGGGCAUAGAAGAGUACCAUCUUCCCCCUAGUUGCCUGGAGCGGUUCUUCAACGAUGGAGUGGGACCAGGGCCCGGCCGUCUCCCAGAGCCUCUGAGGGUCCUUCCAGACUGGACCCUGCUGCCAUUGAUGGAAGGUAGACUUCCCUCCUGCAUGGUAGACGUGAUGCUGCUGGGAAGGAUGAUGCAGGGUGCCCAGGUGGAAGAUCCCAGCUUGCCAUGUGGGAACAACACCUCUCGGUCAAUACGACAGGUACUCUACGGGCUGCUGCUGGGUGGGAGGAGGGCAGACCACAGCAGUCAGAGACCCCCAGUGGAUGAAGUGGAGGAGUAUUACAGGGAAGGCAAGAGCCUGACCAGCAGCAUGGUUGAUACCAUCCUGCCCAGUGCUGCAGAACAUAUACAGCUAGACACUCUGCAUCAGGCUCCAAGGUUAGUGCAGCUUAAGGUGUUUUUGGAGACACUUGGUGUGUCCCAGUCCACUUUGAGCGGUGUCCCGCCUCAUCUGCGUCUUCCUGUGGCUGUCACCUGCUACUGGCUGAGGCACGCCCAUCCCCCUCCAGAACUCCCUGUCCUGCAGGCCCUGCUACUAGGAUUGGUGUACGGAGAGCUCUGCAGACAGAGGAAGAGCCAAAGAGGGUUUAUGGAGGGACCAGUGUUGGAGAGGCUGAGAGGGCUGAUUCAGAGAGGUAGAAGGAGCCUAGACCUAGGUGUGGCCCACGCCUACAGCCAGUGGCAGUGCUGCCUGAAAGAAAGCCUUCACCUCAACCAACUGCUGUGCUUCCCUCUAGCCGAGCCUCAGUGUGCCUGGCUGUACAAGGGCACUCUGGUGCACCAGCUUGUGACCAAACUGAGAGGGGGGUUAACCCCGGAUUCUCUCCUGAUGGGAGGCCCUUGCUCUGGGCAGCUGUAUAGGCCCAUGCUGGGAGCCAUACUCAACUCCCAUGAUGCCGCUGUCAUCCCCUUGGUGUCUGGGCCACAGAGGGCCACACCUCCAUCCUUGACACAGCCACUGGACGAUCUGACGGCCCAUCUACACAUUCUGGCUCUGGAAUAUGAUGAUGAUGAUGGUGCUGGAGGUGGGAGCAAGGCCAAGCCAGAGGACGAUCUGGGUUGGACGUUGGUCUCAGUGCGGACCAGGCACAAGAGCAAGGACAGAUUCAACCGAGCUAGGAAUCCAGAAUUCUCCCGGAAGCAGGGGCGGAUCGGCUGGGAAUAGGGAGGGACCAUUAUAUAACGGUUUAGAUAUAGAGACGUUCUGCUCAACUCUUCAAUGUUUUUAUUGUUCUUGUGUGUACUGUCGUAGCUGAAUCAGAAUUAGUUAGGUAACAUUGAUAAAUAAGAUGUUUUAUUUUUUCUCAUAAUAUGCUUCUCUUGGGAAAAGUCACUUGGGGCCCAGAGAGGGGAGAGGUCAGGCUUGUCUUUUACAUGUCUGGUAAUAGGCAGAAUAUCAGAAAGGGAGAGGUCAGGUUUGAACAAAAUCUUCAUAAUGAAUAUAUCUGUGAAACCAUGUGAAGGGCUCCACUAUGUCUGUACUCCAGUCACUCCCUCCUUUUCCCAUUGGGGGGAGGAGUAUGGCAGUGUCUAGAACCAUUGUAUGUCCCCUCUGAUGUUGAAACUUGUCUUUCAUAGUAUAUGACCUAGAGGCUCACUCCCCUCAGGGAGCUUGUCCAGGGGUGGGUUGUAUUUGAGAUGGGAGUAUCUAGAAUUGACAAUUGAUAUAUGCCAUUGGAUGAGGUAAUGUUUUGGUAAUAUGAAGUACCAAGAACGAGAAGUAGAACCUCGUCUAAGAGACCAAACUGAACGAUAAUUUAUAGCUAAUGCUAUCUGGCUAUGGAAUACUCCUCUCUCAAGUAAAAGGCCCUUUGUUAAGUUCCUAAGAUCUGUGGUUCGUCAUUGUGAGUUGAGAGAGGUGUAUCUUGGCUAUAAAAGAUGAAGUAUUAUUUUGUAAGCACUCUCAGAAUAAAUGUAUAGACACUGAAUUGAUCUGAGAGUCAAAGGGCUAUGGUGAAGCUCAUAUUAAUAAAAUAUGAAGUUU